AUGCUCGACCCGUCCGAGGAUUUUAAAGUGAAUACGGCGCCGAUGGCCAAAGUGCUGUCAGCCACUCAGUUUGGUACACCAGACAUCGAGCCUGAGAUCAGCCUGCUGCACUACAGCGAUUAUGUGGUCUCGUUUCAUUUCGACUACUCCGAAACGGACCUCUGUGCCGACUGGCGUACGGAUGGGCACUGGCUGAUCGUCAUCGAGUUGCGCAAAUUCGACCCCAUGACCCGAGCAGGCGUCAGGUUCAUCAGGCUGCUAGAAGGGGCCAGCAAACUGUUCGUUAGAAACACAGCCAACUAUCUCUUCUACGGCACUCACACGGGGUUGGGCGCACAUGGGCACCAUGAGUGGAAGAUUCACGCCCAAUCGUUAAACAAAGACGCUCCGUUGCCGCCCAACAUACCUGCUCUUCAGCUGGACGAGCUGGUCGGCUCUGACCUCGGAUCGACAGUAGCCUUCGAGAUCCAUGACGGGCACUUCUACGCCGUGUCCAACCAAACUUCGUUCGUCGUGGAAGAAGUAGAUUGGACGUCCUUCUAUCACUGUAUCCGCUUCCCCCUGCACCGACCGGUCAAGGAGGAAGUGCAGAUCAACACGCGUGUGUAUCGUAGGCAGCACGCCGAGGGCCCCAUCAACGAUUCCUGGACCGACCUUGGGCUGCAGGUCGACGAGAAGACGAAUAGGCUGCAGAUCGUCGAGGCUCGUCGCGAAUGGCGCAACGGCGGCAGCAAGCAGGAACGCACGUUCUACACGCGCGAGAUCACCUUCCCCCCUAGACCUUCAGCUCGAAGGCGACAGACCGGUGAGCAAGGGGCGGUCGCCGUGGCGGGUGCUGCUGGAGCUGGUGGUGGCGAUGUCCAGCUGCAGUCAGCCUCACCGACUUUGCCAUCGCCCGCCUCCCCCGACGCCACCGAUCUUGAAGAGCCUGAGGACAACACCAAUGUACCUAUCGACACUGCUCCUCCCCUCCCUCUCGAAGACAUCCUCGUUCAGACCCUUGGCUCGGGCAACAAUCCGCACUGGGCGCCGUCCGAAGAGCGGCUGCCGCGUGCUUAUCAUCCAGAACGCAAGCACGACGAGCAGCUCCUAGCCACCGGCUGUGGACGUCCCUCGCAAGCCUUCAUCCUCGCCCGCACUAAGCACCGUGCAUACAACCUGUCCUGCUCUGCCUUCCUUGACCUUGUCGAGGACGACGCCUGCUGCCCGGCUGUUGCUGCUGUCGGCGGUACACCCUGUCUGCGCCUGCGAAUCGGCGCCCGUAAGAGGCAGCCGUUCCUGCCGCUCGGCGUCUGCGAUGGCGUGGCCGAAGGUGGGAAGGGGAAGGACAGGGUGACGGCGAGGGACGCGGUAAGAAUGCAACAGCUGCAGCAGCAGCAGGAACAGCAUCAGCAUCAGCAGCUCCCACCGUACGAAGACCGCUUCCUUUACCCGCCCAUCAGGUUGUGGCCGCCGGCUGGCGAGGCUGCCAGCAGUGGCACUAGCAAAGGUGAGGAUGACAAGGCGACCGGCAGGAAAUACGACUGUACGAAGAAGCUGCACGACAUCCUCAACGCGCCGCUGACUCCGCCUCAGCCCACCAAGCCCGUGUCGCCUUCGUCACCACUGACGACCAUGACGACGGCGUUGUCGCUCGGCGCCAGCACCUACACGCCGCCGCCGCCGCCGACUGAGAUUGUGGGCGUGGCUGACGAGCGGAGUCUCAUUUUCUUGCGGCGACCCAAGUAUGGCAGCGGUGAGCGCAGCGGGCCCAUCGUGCUGGUGAGCUUUGAUCGCGGCAUUGCGGCGGACGAGUUGGCGUACGAUGUCGGGGUGAAGUCGGACGAGGUGAUAGCGGCGGUGACGAGGAAGGAUAGCGGGGUCUCGAUGGGCGACUUCCCGGUCGAUGCUGCGUCGGAAAAGUCGGUUACGGAAGGGAAGGAAUGUGAGAAACCGAUGUUAUGGAAGAAAGAUGAGUGCUGGGAUAACAAAUGCGCGUGUGUGAGAAGGACGGCCUGUGGAGCUGCUUGA